GCAUGCGACUCCUUUUUCUGCCAGCACUAAUGCUACAAGCCUGCGAUGCUUCCUCUCCUCCCCAAAUGAAAGCAACAACACCCUUUAGAUUUUCCCAUCUAGGGAAUGCUAUCAAUCACCGUACGUUUCAAUCAGCUUCCGAUAUUUAUGCAAACUAUAUUGAGAUCUACGCACGCGAUCGGGCUCUGCACUCGGGCAGGAAACUCCACGCUCACCUCAUCAUCAAUGGUCUCGCCCGUUCAACUUACCUAUCCUCCAAGCUCAUCGUGUUCUACACCCAGUGUGGACGAAUCUCCGACGCCCGGCAACUGUUCGACCAAAUUCCCCAGGCAAAUCUCCGUCGCUGGACCGUACUCAUAGGGGCCUACUCCCGCCGUGGCUUUUAUCAAGAGACGAUCAAUCUCUUAAGUGAAAUGCUGAGGGACGGCCUGAAACCUGACAAAUUCAGUCUACCCAGCAUUCUCAAGGCUUGCGGAAAACUCUCCGAUCGGCAAACUGGAGUGAAGAUACAUGCUGUAAUUGUGCGAUCGUUUAUUGAGUUUGAUGCCUUUAUAGAUAGCGCAUUGAUCGAUAUGUAUUCAGAAUGUGGCCAAGUUGGUAAGGCACGCCUAGUGUUUGACAGGAUGCUCGAAAAAGACUUGGUGUGUUUGAAUUCCAUGGUUUCGGGCUAUGCCCAACAAGGAUCGGCAGCGGAAGCAUGGACUUUGGUAGAAAACAUGCAAUUAAUGGGGGUGAAACCCAAUGUAGUAACUUGGAAUGCAUUAAUUGCAGGCUUCUCGUGGGUGGGCGAUGAUGUCAUGGUCUCAGAACUGUUUCGAAUGAUGCAGGUCAAUGGGGUUGAGCCUGAUGUGGUUUCCUGGACUUCAGUUGUAUCUGGGCUAGUGCGUAAUUUCCGUAAUGAUGAGGCUUUUGAUGCAUUUAAGCGGAUGUUGGGCAAGGGAUUCCUCCCAAGCUCGGCUACGAUUAGUAGUCUUUUGCCUGCUUGUGCAACGGUGGCAGAUCUGAGACACGGGAAACAGAUCCAUGGCUAUGCAUUGGUGAUAGGAGUUGAGGAAGAUAUCUUCGUAAGUAGUUCUCUUGUUGACAUGUAUGCAAAAGGUGGUUGUAUAUUGGAAGCUGAAAAGCUGUUUAACAAAAUGCCUGAAAAAAGUACAGUUACUUGGAAUUCUAUGAUUUUUGGAUAUGCAAAUCAUGGAUACUGCUAUGAAGCAAUUGAUCUUUUCAGUCUCAUGGUAGAGGAUCAAGCCAAGCUAGAUCACCUGACCUUCACUGCAGUUCUCACAGCUUGUAGUCAUGCUGGAAUCAUUCAAGUUGGACGAAACCUGUUCCGCUUGAUGCAAGAAGAAUAUGCAAUUGAACCAAGGUUGGAGCAUUAUGCAUGCAUGGUGGAUCUCCUUGGUCGAGCAGGGUAUAUAACUGAGGCUUAUGAUUUGAUUAAAGCAAUGCCAAUUAAACCCGAUUCAUUUGUUUGGGGGGCACUAUUAGGGGCAUGUAGGACUUCUGGGAAUAUUGAACUUGCUGAAGUAGCAGCUAAACAUCUAUUUGAGCUUGAGCCAGAGAGCGCUGGGAGCUCUUUGCUGUUGUCAAAUUUAUAUGCUGAUGCUGGUAAUUGGGGUGGUGCUGCAAAGAUGAAGAAGAUGAUGAAGAAAAGAAAGCUGAGAAGAAGUCAUGGGUGCAGUUGGAUAGAGGUACUCCACUAAGUUCAGAACUGAUGGUAAGAAUCGUAAUAGAAAGGGAUGACCUCAUUGGUGCUUGAAAGUUCUUGCAUAUAUAUGGGGAAAGAAAGGAUAACAAGAGAAAAAAUGAUAAGAGGACAGGGAUGGGUAUAGGUGGAAUCUUAAAAACGUGAUUCCAAUCCUUAGGUUGUAGCCUCACAAAGGAGAGGGGAAAUGGUGAAGGGAGAAGAAUCUGAUUUCCAAGAGUGAGCACAUUGUAGAUAAGAAGUUCCUCAUUGUUAAAUAUCCAAAUGGGAGCGCAUAGUCUUCUGUAGGUGCAGAUAGAUUCCUUUUACUUGAGAGAGAAAUCCUAACUUGCACUCCAAGAAAAUUAAAGACCACAAAUUCUAUGAAAAAGGAGCAUAUAUAACAUAUUGGAAUUCUUAUGCAGCACAUUAGCUUCUAAGACUUAUCCUCUCUCCCCAAGGAUUGGUGCUGCUGGAGCGCUCUUGCUCGAAGCCCAAUCAGACGAAAGGAAACUGAUAGGUCUUUGGUUUGAAAAUAAUAUUUUCAUCAAUAAAGUUUUAUAAGGAUUCAUUUAACCCUUUAUUUGAGGUGAAUUGAAGAAACAAAGGGCAUUGUCCUGGUAGAAAUCAAGGAUAAUGAACCAUGUACAUCCUUUAGAAGAAAAAGAUGGCACUAGCAAGUGUUCUCAACUAUUUUCUCUUGGGAUCAAUAGAGGUGCUUCUCUCCUAAGUUUCAGCCAUUGUAUUUGGAUGCCAUAUAACUUGUUUAUCAACUCUCAUUUGCCCAAA